UGUAAUUUUUUAAUUCGGCGCAAAACUACGCUGUUUGUGAUAGGAAGAUGACGUUUUUUAAUUCAUCAUAAUGAUCACAACCUAGCGAACCAAACAGCGGUUCCAGCAGGUUAGAAACAUGCUGGUCAAUCACAAUCAUAUUCAUCAUACUUUCUUAUCACAUCUAUCAGGCCAUAGAGUAUCACUCUAUGUAUCAGGCUUACAGCAGCGCUGAAUUAUCGAAGGCACGGUUACUCUAUGUUAUAACUUAUAGCCCCAUAACCCAUUACUCACCCACCGGCUAAUUUGUAGAAUGCCUAACAUAAUUAUUGUAAGGCACCAUAAUAAUAAUAAUAAUAUAACCCCAGAAAUACAGAUAGUUGUAAAUGUUGUAGAAAGAACUUCUUCAUAAUCUUGGUUAUGUUGUAUCCAUAGAUAAAGAGGUAAUGGUUGUAUCAUAGAAUAUAGAAUUCAUCAUUAGUUAUAUUUUAGCCAUGAUAGAAUUGUAUGGUGGAGUCAGAGACUUCUAUUAUACUACACUAAUAUAUAGAAAUCUGUGGGUUGAGUACUUGAGUAGUACAUCACGAUUUACUGUCUUCUUAAAGACAAUAGUACAAUACUGUAUUAUCUAGUUAUUAUCUAUCUGAUAGUCGAUGCUAUAAGUUAUAACGGCAUUCCGCUGUUAUCGUAACUGUCAUUUGAAAAUUCUUAAAAGAUUUUUUUAAUUCGAAAUUGCAGUCUUGGAUCACAUUAACACUGAUUUAUUUAUUUAUUUACAAUUUUUACUUCGAACAAUAACGUACUAUAGUCCUGAUUAAAAAUUAUAAUGGAUGAUUUAUAUUUCAAAAUUGAUAUCGUUUUAAAUGAGUGUUCUAGAUAUUUAUGUAAAUUUGAGAAAAAAGAAUUUCAUGAAUAUAAAAUAAUAUUCAUAGAUUUAAUAAAUGGACCACUCCUUCAAUUUGUAAAAUCAAUUCAAGUUUUUUUAAAAACAUUCAAAAAUAAAAAUGUUUACAUGCUUUGUGUAUGCUUAAGUCAAAUUCGAAAAUGUCUCCUCUUGUAUGAAACAACUAUAUCAGAACAAAAUAAUGUUCUAAACUUUGAAAAGGUUGUAAGCAUGUACAUAAUUAAGCGGAUUCAAAAAUGUUUUUAUAAGUUGGAAGACUGUUUGGAAAUGAUAGAUUUAACUGACGUAGAUGAACAUCCAGGAAAAUUCAUUGAUCAAAUGAAUAUUGUCUUAAAUGCGUUAAGCAAAAGGGAUCAUUUUGAACUUAUUAAACCUAAUAUCAAUAAAAUUUUAUUCCAAGCUAUAACUAUUGCUAAAGUUGCAGAUACAAUAGACAACUUAGAAAUAACAUCUUCAUCUAAACACGUUUUAACAGCGGUUCAACAAUUCGAAAAGAUAAAUAUCAAUGAAACUGAUAAUUUUUUCCAAUAUGAUUAUUUAUCUUCCUCAUUAUCUAUUCUUGAAAGAAGAAUUAAUACAUCAGUAUUGCAUCUUAUAUUUAAGAUUUUUAAUGAUCCAUUUUUUAUUAUUAAAAAACUGAUUAAAAAGUGUGGAGAUUCUGUUGACACUCAACUAAGAAAUUCAUCAGAUUUAUCUAAUAUGAUUAAUGAUUUGGAUAAAUAUACUGACGUAUUAAUUCAGAUUGGACUAUUUUCUGUGGCCUGUUGUAAAAAUGAUGAAUAUGUCAUUCCUUUAAAAUCGUGUAUAUCAAGCUUGGAACUUUUGGACAGUGAUAUGGUACCAGCUAUUAUUGAGUUUUAUUUAGAUCCGACUUCAUUAGUGAAGAAAACAUUUUUAAAGCUGCUAAUAAACCAUUGGGUUUGUGAGAUUUGUGAAAUACAAAAUCUUCUAGACAAAAUCGUCGAUCCCUAUGCAUUCAUUCAAACAACAAUAGAAACUUCUAUGAAUAUUAUUGAUACUCUCCAAAAGAGUGAUCCAAAUACCAACGUGGAUUUAUAUGUAUAUUUGUUAAAUGGAAUGAUUAAUUUUUCAAAGUUUAUUGAAAAAAUAUUUACGCUGACCCUUUUUGAAAAUAAAGAACUUUCUACGACUUACAAGCAGUAUAAAAAUGCUCUGAGAGAGUAUAAUGCAUGUUUAAUUUAUAAUCAAAAAACAAGUCACAGUUAUAAUGAGUCAACAAAAAAUCAAUUACUUAAAAGAUGUGCAAUUGUAAUCAAAUAUUUGAAAAAUAUUCAAACCAUAACUUCUGAUAUGCUAGAUGAUAAAAGUUCGUCUGAAUUAGAAAAUACAUAUUAUAUUUUAUCUAAAACAAAACAAUCCUCACUGAGUGUGUUACAAAAUGAUAACCUAGAUAAUAAUGAUGAUCUGAAUUUGUUGCUUACUACUAUUCAAGUUCAAAAAUCGUUCUACAAUAAUAAGUCAGAACGUAAAACUUCAAAUAAACUGUGUCAUCAAGAUUAUAAUUGUUUACCUUCCACUAAUGAAACAACCUAUGAUAAUAUUGUUACAAUGGAUCUUACAAACAUUUUAGAUAACUUUAUUCAUGAGUCAUUUGAUAUGAAUAAAGAUAAUAAAAAUACAGUAAAUAUAUGGGAAGAAAUAGGUAUUGAUACUCCUACAAGAAUACAAGAUCUUGAAGAUGUUGAUAAUAAUUUUAAAAGUGUUAAGAAAUGCUGUUAAAACACCAAUUUAUUUUAAAUCAAAUUGUUACAAAUAUAAUGUAAUUUAACAUCUAAUUAAUUGUCUAGUUUAACAAGCAAAAUUAUAAUAUAUUGUAUUUUGUGUUAAA